GGUUGGUACACACUGGUCAACAGCUGUUUUGUCAAACUAUUUUGCGUUUGGGAAUAAUUACGUAAAUUCGGCAGGCAAAUAUGUCGAUCUUACGCUCCAAAUACUACGACCAUCCUGAUGGCGAAGAUGCCUUUGGAAAGAUUGUGGCCACAAACAAAUAUGCCUUCGUCGCCGGUAUGGCGUGGUCCGCAUUCGACGUGUUAACCCUCACCAAGCCACAGGGCUACAUACCCACUCUCGGAAGGUUUGCCUACAACACGGGCCCGCUUAUGGGCAUGGCUACAGCAUUUACGCUAACUACGCUCGCUGCCACAAACGCCCGCGGCAAGGAUGAUAAAAUUAACUACCUGAUUGGAGGCUUUGCUGCUGGCGGCGUCUUUGGCGCAUGGAAGCACAAUCAUGUAGCAGGCCUGUGUGCUGGUCUAUUCCUGGGCAUUGCCGGUGUCAUCAAAAAGAUGUCCAUUGAACAGGGCUGGGAAUUCUUGCCCGACCCUCCCAUGCGUCAGUAUGGUGGCGUGAAUAUUGCCAAGAACGAUUACACUAUUAUGGCCGAACGUCCCAAAAACUGGACCACGGAAAAGAAGUAAAGAGCCAAUCACUGAACAUGGUUAUAAGCUCUUUCGUGUUUUUAGUUAUUAAUGUACCGAAGGAAAACCGGCAAUUGUGUAGCUUACAAACGAAUGUAAACGAAUAAAUGCCAACUGAGAAGUGAUACCUAAA